CCCCUUUCACUCACGCAAAUACCACGUCAUGAAAAACAUGGCGGAUUAGUGUGUGUGUGCAUGGGGUCCGCUACUCGCCUCCCAUCGUCGAUAAACUAAAGCUUAUUUCUCCCAGUAAACGACAUAUUCUUGAGCAGGUCAAAAUGUUUCGUCGGUCAAGAUUUAGUAUUCGACCCAAUGUCGGUACGACAGGGAGAACGGCAGGAACACCUCAGGAAGCCUCUUCAGCAAGUCAGGAGGCCAGUAAGACCCCCAAAGACGUCAGUGAGAGCAGCACUGCUACUGCUGUGACAGACGACAAGUCUGUUGUGACCCCAUCAGAAAAACCAACUGCCCCAGGGGAUGGUAAUGACCAAAAUGUGGAAGGUACCAGCUCCUCAGCAGCUGUCCAGAGAAGGAAGCGGUUUUCCAUCAAGCCCAAAGUGGCCCCAGGCCGCCCCUCCACGCUUGCUCGGACGCCAAAAUCCCCUGUCAAGGCAGUCUCUCAAACUCCUAUUGAAGUCCCUGUCUCAGACCUUGACAAGCCGAGUACAGCAACCCCUCCAAGACUCCAGUCCCCAAGGCGACGGAGGUCUUCAGAAGAGAGCAAGCAGCCCAAAAUGCAACCUAAACCCACCCUCAUCCCUUCCGACAGUUCAGAACCUUCAGCUGUUCCUACAGCCGAGGACUCUCCAGAACAAUCCUGUGUUGGUUUCUCCAGCACAAAUCUGCAAGCGGACAGUGGCAAAGAAUUAGAAAGCGCGUCAGGCAGUCAAGUUGAAGAAGUUCCUUCCAGACCACCAGAUAAAGUCCCCCUCUCUCUACCAGACAAAGAAGCUAUCGCGCUAUCAGAGAAAGCCAAGACUCUAGUGUCGUCCAAGAGUGGGGUUUCACUGUCACCACCAGCGUUCUCCCUGAGUAGACUCCUGAACGACCCAUCGGACUUACAGAGGCUCGCAAAAGCCCGGAAGCUCAGAGAGUUGCUCAAACAGGAGAUGCACAAAGAAAAGAAAAUCAAGAAAGCAAACGCACGUGCAAAGGAAUAUACCUUAGAUCCUGCCAAAAUGACCAUGAGGGACCUUAUCCGUUAUCUACCAGUGUCUAACCCCAUGACAUCUAGUUUAGAAGACUCAGCUCAAGAGAAUGAGACUGUCGUCCCUCCUUCUCCAGUAAGAGAAGCGUCACCAGAGAGAGCGCAGGAACCCGAGGUCCUCCCUAAAAUAGCAAGCCCUAGAGAGGAGGACGAGGGGGAGGCAGAAGCAGAGGCAGAGGAAGAGCAGGAUGACGAUGACGUGAUGGUUCCUCAGGUCAAAGUAGCAGAGGACGGCUCACUGAUCAUUGAUGAGGAGAGCUUGACGGUGGAAGUCCUGCGAGCCAAAGGGCCAAAUCCAGCACAGGGUCGAGACCCCAUCUUUGAGCGUGGCUCCACUACAACUUACUCCAGCUUCAGGAAAGGGACCUAUUCCAAACCCUGGUCCAAUGAAGAGACAGACAUGUUCUUCCUGGCUAUUAGCAUGGUGGGGACAGACUUUUCCAUGAUUUGUCAACUGUUUCCUCACAGAGCUCGAUCAGAGAUAAAGAACAAAUUUAAAAAGGAAGAGCGAGCGAACUCCUGGAGGAUUGAUAAAGCUUUCAAAGAGAGGCGCAAACUGGACAUAGAGUAUUUUUCUAAGCUGCUAGAGAAGAUUCUGGAAGUUCAGAAAAACAGAAAGAAACUCAAGUCUCUCGCUGGGAAGAAAUCCCCCAAGAAGCAAAAGAAAAAGCCAAAGGACAAAAAAUCUGCAAGGAAGCUGAGUGUUGUGGAGGAGGAAGAUGAGGAAGAGCAGAAUGAGAUGCCUGACUUGGAGGAGGAGGGAGAGAAAGAGAACGAGGACCUUUGUAAUGAGGGAGGAACUACUGUCGCUAAGCCCAAGAAGAAACGCAAAAGAAAGGAUGCCUCGACUGAGGAACCAAAUGACAAGAAAAACAAAACGGGUGAAAAGAGCAGUGAACAAGAUGAGGCCUACAUUCCCGGAGACACUGAGGCAGCACUUCCCGAGGACCGUCCAACAUCAGACAUGUCUGAAAAGACUGAUAGCGUGAAUGAAGCCAAGGACGCCACAAUCAAACCUGCUAAACUCUCACGAGGCAGAGCACCAAAACCUCUUCUGCCUUUGGGCAGGAAGUGGGGUAAAAAGGCCCCACCGCCGUCCACAAAGACCAGCGAUGCUGCGUCAGAUAACGGGGAUGAGAGUAUGAUUGAUGAAGCCUCUAAAGAGCAAGAGGUAAAUAAAGACGCAUCACCCUUAAGCCAAGCCAAUAAGAGGAAGUCAGCCAAUGAUGACUCUGAAGAAGAGGAUGCCACCGUUCAACUUCCUCGACCUACUAGGUACGGGAGAGUGCCUAAACCCACCAAGCUCUUGAAUUACCCUGCUAAAGAGGCCGCAUCUGAAACCACUCCUGCCUCCCCAGAGGGGUCCACUGCUUCUGCUGCUCGGCCUAAACCCAAAUGCACAGCCAAGAGGGGAAGAUCAUCAAAGCAACAAUCAGCCCAGGAGUCCAAAAAGCCUAAACUAGUCACCCUCAGGGCUUCUCAGUCAGAAGACAGUGAUGAGGGGGAUGAACAGCAGCGGGAACAAGAAGAAGAAGAAGAGGUGGAGGAGGAUCAGCACGCUGCAUGGAGCUCCAGUAAGGACAGCGCUGCCCCUGUGUUUGUUCCUGCCAGCCUGCGAUCUCCACGUCCUGUCAUUUCAGAAGUGGAAGAGACAAUGGAGGAGCUUGAUAUCUUGGCCAAUAUGCCUGAUGUGUUGGGCAUCUCCCAAGAUGCACUGUGCCCUGAUGCCUCUUUCGAUCUGGUACACAAUGAGACAGGCACAGCUGAAGCCUGUGAACAUCAGCUGGAUCUGCUUGUUGAUGUUAUAGACUUCCUUUCAUCAGACCACGCAGAAGUAACUGAGGACGAGAGCUACAAUGAGGCUGCUCAAACCCUGCUGACCAUCGGCAACCUGGCUCACCUCCCUCAGUCAGCACAGAAUCAAAUAGCCAUACAAGAUCACAUAUCAGGGACAACAUCAGUCAUUGUGAAUGAAACCAGCCAACACCUGGAAGAAGAGAUUGCAUCAACUUCUGCUGCACAAGAGGAAAACAGUGCUACUCCUCUUAUGUCUGCAACUUCUGUUUAUGGAGUCACGGAAACAUCAGAAACUGAUACUGCUGUGGAGCUACAAAACAGCACAGCAGACAAUGACGACAUUCCCGUUAUUGAAUCCAGUGAUCAGAGGACUGGUUCUGAUAUAGUCCCUACCCCUCAAUUGCACUCAAGUCCAGAGAGCUCAAAGACAAAUUCUCCACAGACCAAGAGAGGGCGCUUAUCCAAGGUGAAACCAAAACCUAACUUAGGCCAAGCCUCAAGGACUGCUCAGUCAAAAUCCCAACCAGCGACAUCAACAGAAAGGACAGCUGAAGAGAGCCACACAGUUGCUCCUGACCUUUGUCAAGUAACUGAGACACUAUCAGCUGCAGAGGAAACCCCAAAGAUAGCAGCCUGUAGUAGAACAUUAUUAAAAGAUGAAAUGUCUUGUAUUGAAGUCAAACCUGCAGAAGAGCCAUCUGGCAGUCAAAAGAGGUCUGUUGGUCAACUAAAAUCCGGUACAGCAACAUCAAAUCAGAGUGCCUCAGAAAACCAGAACCUCUCUGAAGCGGAACAGGCCGCCAGCGACUCAACGUCAGCAUCUGAGUCCACAGACAAACUACUGAUGUCUCACGUUGGGACAAUUAAGAGUAGUUGUAAUAGUCAGGUGACAUCCGGCACAGCAGUCACAGAAGCGCAGAUUGGACGAGGGUCAAACAUAGAUUCAGCCCCAGUCCAAGAAAGCAGUGACUAUCCUGCUCCAUGUGUUACACCUGUAGAAGAAUUACCUGACAGUCAGGAAGACGAGAGUGAAGUCGGAUCUGCUCGCCAGACCAGGACGAGUCGAUUCCAGAAAGUCAAACCCAGAGUUAUCAUAGCAAAGACAUCAAGGACUGCACGUUCUAAACCUCAAACCACAAAAGACACUGUUGAGAAAGACUCCAACCCAACUCCACACCCCAAAUUUCAUGAAAAAACAAUAGUAGAAGUUGAGGCAGAGCCAACUUGCACUACCUCUCCUGAAAAACCAAGUCAAUGUCCUGGUCCUGCUUCAGAUUUGACCCCAUUGUUAGAUUUAGGCUCUAGUCCUACACCCACAGAGGAACUGUCUACAACUGGGGAGAAAAAGACAGAUGUUGGAGUUGUUGUUCAGGUAGAAUCAGGUGCUUCAACAUCACAUCAGAGUGCCUCAGAAACCCAGAACCUCUCUGAAGCCCAGUUUGAACCCAGUAGGGAACAGGCCACCAGAGACACACAGCCAACAUUUGAAUCUGCAGAUGAAGUACUGAUGUCUCCCACAACUGAGAGUAGCUGUAAUAAUCCGCUGACACCUGACUUACCAGUCACAGAAUCACAAGUUGGACAAGGGUCAAACAUAGACUCAGUCCCAGUCCAAAAGAGCAGCGACCAUCCUGUUACUCCUGUAGAAGAGUUACCUGUCAGUCACAAAGAAGAGAGUGAAGUCGGCUCUACUUGCCAGACCAGGAAGAGUCGAUUCCAGAAAGUCAAACCCAAGGUCAACCUACCACAGACAUUAAGGACUGCACGUUCUAAACCUCAAACCACAAAAGACACCGUAGAGAAAGACUCCAACCCAACUCCAAACCCCAAAUUCCAUGAAAAGACAAUAGCAGAGGUUGAAGCAGAACCACCUUGCACCACCUCUCUUGAAAAACCAAGCCAAAGUCUGGCUCCUGCUUCAGAUUUGAUACCAUCGUUGGAUUUAGGCUCUACUCUUACACCCACAGAGGAACUGUCUACAACUGAGGAGAAAAAGACAGAUGUUGGAGUUGUUGGUCAGGCAGAAUCAGGCGCAGCAACAUCAGAUCAGCGUGCCUCAGAAACCCAGAACGUCUCUGAAGCCCAGUUUGAACCCGAUACGAAAGAGGCCACCAGAGACACAACGCCAACAUUGGAGUCCACAGAUGAAAAACUUGUUGGGACAACUGAGAGUAGGUGUAGUAAUCCGCAGACAUCCGACUCAGCAGUCACGGAAUCACAAGUUGGACAAAGGUCAAACAUAGACUCAGCCCCAGUCCAAGAGAGCAGCGACCAUCCUGUUACUCCUGUAGAAGAGCUACCUGUCAGUCACAAAGAAGAGAGUGAAGUCGGAUCUACUCCCCAGACCAGGACGAGUCGAUUCCAGAGAGUCAAACCCAAAGUCAACCUUGUACAGUCAUCAAGGACUGCACAUUCUAAACCUCAAACUACAAGAGACACCGUAGCGAAAGACUCCAACCAAACUCCACACUCCGAAUUCAAUGACAAAAAAAUAGUAGAGGUUGAAGCAGAGCCAACUUGCACCACCUCUCCUGAAAAACCAAGUCAAAGUCCUGGUGCUGCUUCAGAUUUGAUACCAUCAUUGGAUUUAGGCUUAAUUCUUACACCAAUAGAGGAACUGUCUACAAUUGAGGAGAAAAAGACAAAUGUUGGAUGUGUUGGUCAGGCAGAAUCAGGUGCAGCAACAUCACAACAGAGUGCCUCAGAAAACCAGAACCUCUCUGAAGCCCAGUUUGAUCCCAGUAGGCAACAGUCCACCAGGGACACAACGCCAACAUUGGAGUCCACAAAUGAAGUACUGAUGUUUCAUGUCGGGACAACUGAGAGUAGCUGUAAUAAUCUGCUGACAUCCGAAUCAGCAGUCACAGAAUCACAAGUUGGACAAGGGUCAAACAUAGUCUCAUCCCCAGUCUCAGAGAGCAACGAUCAUCCUGCUCAAUGUGUUACACCUGUAGAAGAGUUACCUGUCAGUCAGAAAGAAGAGAGUGAAGUCGGAUCUACUCGCCAGACCAGGACGAGUCGAUUCCAGAGAGUCAAACCCAAAGUCAACCUUGUACAGUCAUCAAGGACUGCACGUUCUAAACCUCAAACCACAAAAGACACCGUAGAGAAAGACUGCAACCCAACUCCAAACCCCAAGGUCCAUGAAAAAACAAUAGCGAAGGUUGAAGCAGAACCAGCUUGCACUACCUCUCCUGAAAAAACAAAUCAAAGUCCUGGUCCUGCUUCAGAUUUGAUACCAUCGUUGGAUUUAGGCUCUACUCUUACACCAACAGAGGAACUGUCUACAACUGAGGAGAAAAAGACAGAUGUUGGAGUUGGUCAGGCUGAAUCAGGCGCAGCAACAUCAGAUCAGAGUGCCUCAGAAACCCAGAACCUUUCUGAAGCCCAAUUUGAACCCAGUAGAGAACAGGCCACCAGAGACACAACGCCGUCAUCUGUGUCUACACAUGAAGUAUUGAUGUCUCAUGUUGGGACAACUGAGAGUAGACAGGUGACAUCCGAUCCAGAAGUCACAGAAUCACAAGUUGGACAAGGGUCACCCAAAGACUCAGCCCCAGUCCAAGAGAGCAGCGACCAUUCUGCUCCACCAGAGUUACCUGUCAGUCUGAAAGAAGAGAGUGAAGUCAAACCUACUCGCCAGACUACGAGAGGUCGAUUACUAAUAGUCAAACCCAAACCCAACUUAUCACAGACGUCAAGAACUGUGCGGUCUAAACCUCAAACCACAGAAGACCCUGUCACACCCAUGCAGCUUGCGGACACACCCUCCAGCCCAACUUCAAGACUUGAGUCCACUGACAAGAUGAUAACAGAGGUAGAAGCACAGCCAACUUGCAGUAGCACCCCUCCUGAAACACCAAGCCAAAUUACAAGUACUGGCACUGCUUCAGUGCCAGAGGACUUAUCUUCAAUGGAGGAGCAAAAGACAGAUGUUGGAUGUGGACAAGGCUCAAAAUCAGAGGGCCCAGAACAAAAUGUUUCUCAAAGAAGGCGGCGCUUUUCCAAUGUAAAACCCAAUUUAGGGUCAUCUCCUAGAACUACACGUACAAAACUGCAGUCAAAUGAUAUCAGUAAACCCUCAGAACAGAGCAAUAUGGACACCUCUUUAACCUCAGAACAACAGCCUGCGGACAAUAACAAUGCACAAACAGAACGGGUACUCGCAGACAGCAAGCACCUGACAUCAACACGUUGUUCAUUACAUACAGAACUCCUCAGCUCAACAAAGUCACUCGACAGCACAAAUGACAAGGGGACAUCCUCUGCUGGCGUCGUCAUAGCAACAUCUUGGAUUGCUGAGACACAGUCUGUGUUGACAGAGUCAGUUCUUGAAAAUAAGAGCAGUGAAAAACCCACAGUUGAAGGGGAAUCCAAAGAGGACAGAACGUCAAAUACCGACACAGUGGAGUCUGGGCCUGCGUCACAAUGGGACUGCAAACAGGACAUGUCCAUUGGAGUUACAGAGACAAAAACUGCAGUUUCAGAUCUUCAGAAGUCUUCACAAGAUGGUUCAGCAGAGUCAAAAAGUGAAUCUACACUCCCUACUAAUACACAGUCAGCACCAGAUCCGAAAGAAAGCAUUCAUCAGCCACGUUCAGAGAAUGAUUCUGAGGCACAAAAUCAAGAAGCACUCCAACAAUGUUCUGAAACUAAUCAAACUAAUCAGUCAGAGCCAACCGACUCUCCCUCAAGAAAAGCUCCCCAGACUCGUAGAGGCCGGCUUAUUAAACCCCAACCCAGACUGGGACUCAGCAGACGACCUCCACAACCCCAACAAGUCCAGAAUGCAAAACAAGCAGAUGCAGAUUGUGGUACUCACUCGGAAGGUCUGGAUGCUUCAGUUUGCCACAAACUUGUGUCUGAACACCAACCUGACAUCAAAGAACCAGUAGAGGGAGCUGUUGGACCAUUGUUCAGUAACCAAAACUCCUCUCAAAAUGUUGCUGGAUCCUCUCUGGGUUGUGUGACACAAGUAGCUGACAAUGAUACGCAGGAUGCAUCAACAUCAAGUACAGGAGCGACCCAAAGUCUUCCAAGUUUCACAAUAAUUCAAGACACGCUGUCGCAGCAGGAGCCUUCAGAUCCAGAGGAACCAUUCUUCAUCCUGUCUCUGACUGAGAUCCCAGUCGGCCCAUCAGGGGAGGUGGCGGGCAGUGUGCCUGAACCCCUCCCUUAUCUUCCUGUAACAGAUGCUUCAAUAGAGCAACAGAGCAUUCCUGGAGAUAGUUCUGCAGCAGCAGGAGACGGGCCUGUCUCUGAUGUCGCCGUGCCUGUGUCCGUGGAGGAGAGUGAUGUGACAGGCCUCAUCAAUGUAAAAGAUAUUGGGCCUGACCCAGCUGCAUAUGGAGGUUGGAACAAGGAGAAUCCAGUGGAUCCACAUGAGAGUACUGCAGUCCAUCCAUCUAAAUUACCAGAGACUGUAGAGAAGAAUGAUGAGACUGAGAUUCCCCCUACAAAGCAGAGGGGCACUAGAAGAAGAGAAGCACAGGUUAAGCCUAAUAUUACAAAGAGGAAACAAGCCAGCAAGACCCUCGCUGCCAAGGAAGCAGAGUCAAUCACCAUCCAGACAGACACCACCCAGCACCCAGAGCUUCCUGGGCCUUCUGUGCAGUCAAAAGCCUGUGAUGACGUUGUCACUGAGCCACAGACAGGAAGUGGGGAUCAUGCAGAUGUUGAAAAGGAGACUCGGGCAGUUCGGGAGGACCCUGAGGGUAGCAGCUCGGGAGCACAAACUACACGGACUAGGGCGACUAGUAUUCAGCAGAGAAGAGCCAAAGACUUCCUUCCCUUCAUUUCUGAGACAAACAACGCUGCCCCUGCAAGCGAUUCUCCACCUGGCAAAGCAGCUUCCAAGGGCCGAAAGGUCAGAGCUCCACGCGCAGCAGGAAAACGCUCCGCCCCGGCACCUGUAGCCUCAACAUCACACGAUGACGCUCCCACACGCAGUGCGACACAGCCGACAGAGGAAACCCACUCAGCGUCCUCUACCACAUCACAAACAGAGCCGAGCCGACUACGCUCGGUCACAACUCCGUGUCCAGCAGAGGUUUCAGCUUCUCAGCCCUGUGUGGAGAGCAGCUCUAUAGAGGAGGAGCCCACCAACGUGUCUCAGUACUUCUUAAGUGACAUUUUUACAGAAGUAGAUGAGGCAUGAAAGCUGUAGACAGGUAGAACCUGCGGGUGACUUGCUUUUUUUUUUUUAAAUAAUUUUUAAGUUAUGUCUGUAAAAGUUAAUUUAUGACUAAAAGACUGUUUUGUGUGUUUUUGCUGCAAGUUGUAUUGAAUUUAAGCUAUAUAUACUAUACUUUCACAAGCACUUUGAAUAUGUACAGUAGUUUCAAUUUACUGAAAUGCCUUUUUAGAAAUAAAUUAUACAUUAAUAACGGGUAAAUCCCUAGUUUGAUUCAGAGAUUUGGCGGCAUUUCCCACAUUUAUUCAUUAUGUUUCAAGCCUCAGAUUCACCAUUUUGGUUAUUAACUACCUGUGAAAAUGUAAAUAUUGUACAAUAGUAUUUUUUUCCCACACCUGUUCAGUUUUAAUACAGACCACAACAUUGGUCUCAGGAAAACAUAACCGGAUUACUUGACAUCAUGUACAGUUGUACGUUUAAAUAUGUUAGCUUUUUUAAUGCCUCUUCUGUGUAUUUUUGUGCAAAUUUGAAUCAUCCGUUCUAUUCUGAAACAAUUCUCUGUUUGUAUUUGACAAAAACAACAUCUUGAAAUUGGCUUUUCAUUUAGAAAACCGACAGAAUUUAAUUUAGUGAAUUAUAUCCUACAAAUUCACCCCUUACAGAGCAGAGGUAGUUUUGUUGAGACAUUUUGUUGUACUGUAUAUAGUGUUCAUCAGUUCAGUGUUCAAAGAGGUCCUGGUACAGAUUCACAGCAUUCAUAUUAUUAUGUUUGAUACUUGAAACAAAAACACAUCAUGUGUUUAUCUUCCUUAAACGUUUCAUUAGUUCAUUAAAAGAAAAACAUGGAAUUCUGUAAGAUCUGAAUAAAACGUAUUCUUCCACCACCA